CUUUCGCGUUGUUACAUAAAUUUUUCGCGUAUUAUCCGAAUAACUUACCGUAUGACUUUUAGUGUAUUACUUUUACCAAACCAUAUUUCGCCUAUAUCUCCGUAUUCCCUAAAAUUAUCAAGUUCUUCCGAGUAAAUCCUUUCCCAACUAAAACAUAAUCGUGUCAUAAAGUAAUGCUUAUCGAGUGUUUCAUAUUUACGAAUACGGAAGACAAUGUACAAAUUUGUCCAUUUUGUCUUAUCGUCAUUUCGUUACCACAGUAUUUUUAAACCAAAUGAAUAAUAUUAAACCAAAAACAGGAAUCUUAAUGUUAAAUAUGGGAGGUCCUAGUAAAAUUGAUGAGGUGCAUGAAUAUUUAUUACGUAUAAUGACAGAUCGUGAUAUGAUUCAACUACCAUUUCAAAGUCGACUAGGACCUUGGAUAGCAAAGUCUCGUACACCUAAAGUACAAAAAAAGUAUGAAGAAAUUGGAGGUAAAUCUCCUAUUUUAGAAUGGACAAAUAAACAAGGCAAACUUUUGUGUGAAAAAUUGGAUAAAAUUUCACCAAAAACAGCACCUCAUAAACAUUAUGUUGCAUUCCGUUAUGCUAAUCCUCUUACUGAGAAUACACUUCAAAAGAUAGAAGAAGAUGGUGUUGAACAUACAAUAAUCUUUUCUCAAUAUCCACAAUAUUGUUGUGCUACAAGUGGAUCAAGUUUUAUUGAAAUAUAUAAGUAUUAUAAAAACAGACAAUUACCUUCUAACAUGAAAUGGAGUGUAAUAGAUAGAUGGGCAACGCAUCCAUUAUUCAUAGAGACAAUUACAGAAAGAAUUAAGGAAGAAUUAGUUUUAUUCCCCGACGAUAUAAGAAGCGAUGUUAUAAUUUUAUUUUCAGCUCAUUCACUACCAUUGAAGGCUGUAUCUAGGGGGGAUGCUUAUGCAUCUGAAGUAGCAGGUACAGUUGCUUUAGUAAUGGAAAAGUUACAAUAUUGUAACCCAUACAAACUAGUAUGGCAAUCAAAGGUUGGCCCAGUAUCUUGGUUGGAGCCUUUUACCGAUGAUGCCAUAAAAGCUUAUGUAAAGCAAGGGAAAAAACAUUUUAUAUUAGUACCAGUAGCAUUUGUUAACGAACAUAUUGAAACUCUUCAUGAAUUAGAUAUCGAGUAUUGUAAAGAAUUAGCAGAAGAACUCGGCAUUGAUAAAAUAAGGAGAACUGCUGCUCCUAAUGAUCAUCCUACAUUUAUAAAUGCUUUGGCAGAUAUUGUAGUUUCUCAUCUUAAAUCAAAUAAUUCUCUAAGUCCCAUGUUCUUGACACGUUGUCCUCAUUGUGUUAGUGGCAAUUGUGCAGAAAGCAAAAAGUGGUAUGCGCAAAUAUGUAGAAAUUAAAACAAGGAUGCAUCGUGAAAAAUUUAUCCAUAUUAUUUAUUUACAACAGAUAGAUAUUUUUUAUAAUAUAUAAAUGAAAAAUAUCUACUUUUGUAAUUCGUUUUGUAUGAUAUAACGUGUUUUAAAUAAAAUAUUCUUAUUUCUUGAUGAA